AAUAUUCUAAACCUUACCUCAACGAAGCCAAAAUGGUUGGACUAAGCAGACCUUGCGAAACUCUAUUGAUUUAAUGCUACUAAACUUGUCUCCAGAAUUACUUAUAAAAACGAAAAUGAACUGCAUCAGAACCUAAUUAGAAGGAAAAGAAAAAGUCCAAACUUUAAUCUUCUUUUCUUUAUAUACCUUUUCUCAGGAAUCAGACAAUAACUCCACCUCUUCUUUCUUUUUAUUUUUUCCACUGAUUCCCAUAGAAUUCUAGCUCUAAUCCUGUCCAUUUUAUGAACUGGGUGUAUUCCGUUUUGUCUUAAUACAAGAAUUUCCACUAGGCAACACCCAGCCAAAGAAACAUGAGCCGAAACAGUAGUUGCCGGAGUAGUUGGAGCAUGGAAGGUGUAUUUUCAGGUCUCGGGCAAUCAAGGAGACACAGCCGCGGUGUUGAUGAAGAUGAAGAAGCUCUAAAAUGGGCUGCUAUAGAGAAGUUGCCAACAUAUGACAGGUUAAGAACAAGUAUCAUGCAAUCUUUUGAAGAGAACGAGACAGUGUUACAUAAAGAAGUUGAUGUGAGAAAGCUUGAUGUUAAUGAUAGACAAAGGUUCAUCAGUACUGUUUUUAAGGUUGCUGAAGAAGAUAAUGAGAAGUUCUUGAAAAAAUUUAGACAAAGAAUUGACAGGGUUGGAAUUAAACUUCCAACUGUGGAAGUUAGAUUUGAGCAUCUGACUGUUGCAGCCAAUUGCUAUAUUGGCAGCAGAGCGCUUCCUACCCUUUUAAACUCUGCUAAAAAUACUGCAGAAUCAUGUCUUGGUAUGCUUGGAAUUAGUUUUGCGAAGAAAACAAAGCUCACAAUCCUUAAAGAUGCAUCUGGAAUUAUUAAGCCAUCAAGGAUGGCACUAUUAUUAGGACCACCGUCAUCAGGGAAAUCUACGUUGUUACUAGCGCUGGCCGGAAAACUGGACCCAAGCCUAAAAGUUCAGGGAGAGAUAUCAUAUAAUGGACAUAGACUCGAUGAAUUUGUGCCACGGAAGACAUCAGCAUAUAUUAGUCAAAAUGAUGUUCAUCUUGGAGUAAUGACAGUGAAAGAAACCCUAGAUUUUUCAGCAAAAUGUCAAGGAGUUGGAACUCGAUACGAUCUUCUUAGUGAGCUUGCAAGAAGAGAAAAAAAUGCAGGGAUACAUCCAGAAGCAGAAGUAGACCUUUUUAUGAAGGCAACUGCAAUGAGAGGAGUUGAUAGCAAUCUCUUUACAGACUAUACUCUCAAGAUAUUAGGGCUUGAUAUAUGCAAGGACACCAUUGUUGGGGAUGAGAUGCUUCGAGGAAUAUCCGGCGGUCAGAAAAAAAGAGUAACUACAGGAGAGAUGAUUGUUGGGCCCACAAAAACACUAUUCAUGGAUGAGAUAUCAACUGGCCUAGAUAGCUCCACAACAUAUCAAAUAGUGAAGUGCCUACAGCAGAUUGUGCACUUAACAGAGGGCACAAUAUUGAUGUCCCUGCUGCAGCCUGCUCCUGAGACGUUUGAUUUGUUUGAUGAUAUCAUUCUCUUAUCAGAAGGUCAAAUUGUGUAUCAAGGCCCACGAGAUUAUGUUCUUGAAUUCUUCGAAAGUUGUGGCUUUCGCUGCCCAGAGAGAAAGGGCACUGCUGAUUUCUUGCAAGAGGUUACUUCAAGGAAAGACCAAGAGCAAUACUGGGCAGACAGAAACAUACCAUACAGAUACAUAUCAGUUCCUGAAUUCGUACAAAAAUUCAAGAGAUUCCAUGUGGGCAUAGACCUCAAACAUGAACUCUCAAUUCCAUCUGACAAGUCUCAAAGCCACAGAGCAGCCUUAGUAUUCACAAGAUAUUCAGUCUCAAAUCUAGAACUACUCAGAGCUUGUUGGGAUAAAGAAUGGCUACUGAUCAAGAGAAAUGCUUUUGUUUAUAUUUCUAAAGGUGCACAACUUAUUAUAGUUGCAGUUAUAGCAUCAACUGUGUUUUUGAGGACAAAAAUGCACUCAAGAAAUGAAGAAGAUGGAGAGCUAUAUAUUGGUGCACUUACUUUUAGUGUCAUUCAUAAUAUGUUUAAUGGUUAUGCUGAGCUUUCAUUAAUGAUUUCAAGGCUUCCUGUUUUCUACAAGCAAAGGGAUCUUCUAUUCCAUCCUGCUUGGACUUUUACUCUCCCAACUUUGCUGCUAAGAGUUCCUAUAUCUAUACUGGAGUCCAUUGUUUGGGUUGUUAUAGCAUAUUUCACCAUUGGAUUUGGGCCUGAAGCUGGCAGGUUUUUCAAGCAGUUGGUAUUGGUAUUCCUGAUUCAGCAAAUGGCAGCUGCUAUCUUUAGACUCAUUGCUUCACUGUGCAGGACUAUGAUCAUUGCCAACACAGGCGGGGCGCUAAUUCUCCUCCUUAUUUUCAUGCUUGGAGGUUUUAUCUUACAUAAAGGUGAAAUUCCAAGAGGGUGGGCAUGGGCUUACUGGCUUUCACCUAUAACAUAUGGUCAUAAUGCUAUUGCUGUUAAUGAGAUGUUCUCUUCAAGGUGGAUGAACAAACUGGCAUCAGACAAUGUUACCAAGCUCGGAAUAGCAGUGCUUAAUAACUUUGAUAUCCCCGCUGAUGAGGACUGGUAUUGGAUUGGCGCAGUCGCGCUAUUGGGGUUUACAAUUGUCUUCAAUGUCCUCUUCACCUUUGCUCUUAUGUACUUAAACCCUCCUGGAAAGAAACAAGCAAUAAUCUCUGAGGAAACAGCAAAGGGAUUGGGGAGUGAUGAGGAGGGAUUAAAGGAUGAAUCAAGAGUAAGAAGAACCAAAUCGAAGAAAGACUCAUUCUCUCGAUCAGUAUCUUUUUCUGGCGGUAACAUUUUAAGGGACGUGGUAAUCCGGACAAUAACCAGCCAAUCCGAUUCCAAUGAAGUGGAUAGAAAUAGUAGAGGAGCUAAUAGUGUUGCUGUAAAAAGAGGAAUGGUUCUGCCUUUCACUCCUCUAGCCAUGUCCUUUGACAGUGUGGAUUAUUAUGUGGACAUGCCCUCUGAAAUGAAAAAUCAAGGAGUUGCAGAGAACAGGCUUCAACUACUUAGGAGCGUAACAGGCACAUUUAGGCCAGGAAUCCUGACGGCACUAAUGGGAGUAAGUGGGGCUGGAAAGACCACAUUGAUGGAUGUUUUGGCAGGAAGAAAGACAGGUGGGUACAUCGAAGGCGAUGUCAGAAUUUCAGGAUUUCCCAAGAAGCAAGAAACAUUUGCAAGAAUUUCAGGAUACUGUGAACAAAAUGAUAUCCACUCACCUCAAGUCACAGUUAAAGAGUCCUUAAUUUACUCAGCAUUUCUUCGGCUCCCCAUUGAAGUCAGCAAAGAGGAAAAGAUGAGAUUUGUAGAUGAAGUAAUGCAUUUGGUAGAAAUAGAAAACCUCAAAGAUGCAAUAGUUGGGCUUCCAGGAGUUACAGGGUUGUCAACAGAACAAAGGAAAAGGUUGACAAUUGCAGUGGAGCUUGUUGCUAAUCCUUCAAUCAUUUUUAUGGAUGAACCAACUUCAGGACUUGACGCGAGAGCAGCAGCAAUUGUUAUGAGGACCGUGAGAAACACUGUAGAUACUGGAAGGACAGUUGUCUGCACAAUCCACCAGCCUAGUAUUGACAUCUUUGAAGCCUUUGAUGAGUUGCUACUAAUGAAGAGAGGAGGACAAGUUAUUUACUUAGGACCUCUAGGCCGAAAUUCGCACAAGAUCAUUGAAUACUUUGAAGCAAUUCCUGGAGUUCCUAAAAUCAAAGAGAAAUACAAUCCAGCAACAUGGAUGCUGGAAGUGAGCUCCAUAGCAGCAGAAAUCCAGCUUGGAAUUGACUUUGCUGAAUACUACAAAUCAUCAUCCUUAUUUGAGAGAAACAAGGCUUUAGUGAAGGAGUUGAGCACACCACCUCCAGGAGCAAGUGACCUGUAUUUUGCUUCAGAGUAUUCUCAGUCUACAUGGGGACAAUUCAAAUCUUGCCUUUGGAAGCAAUGGUGGACUUACUGGAGAAGUCCUGAUUAUAACCUUGUUAGAUUUUUCUUUACCUUGAUUGCUGCCCUUAUUGUUGGGACUAUAUUUUGGAGGGUUGGAACUGAAAGGGAAAGUGCAAAUGACCUGACAGUGAUUAUUGGAGCUAUGUAUUCUUCUGUCUUCUUUAUUGGUGUUAAUAAUUGCUCAACAGUACAACCAAUAGUAACAAUAGAAAGAAGUGUCUUUUAUAGAGAAAGAGCAGCUGGGAUGUAUUCUGCUUUACCUUAUGCCCUUGCUCAGGUUAUUUCUGAAUUACCAUACGUGCUAGUUCAGACUACAUAUUAUACACUCAUUGUGUAUGCAAUGGUGGCCUUUGAAUGGACGGCAGCCAAAUUCUUCUGGUUCUAUUUUAUCUCUUUCUUCUCCUUCCUCUACUUUACAUACUACGGAAUGAUGACUGCUUCCCUCUCUCCAAACCUGCAAGUAGCAGCUAUCUUUGCAGCAGCAUUCUAUGCACUGUUUAAUCUUUUCUCUGGCUUCUUCAUCCCAAGACCAAAAAUUCCAAAGUGGUGGGUGUGGUACUAUUGGAUUUGCCCAGUGGCAUGGACAGUGUAUGGACUAAUUGUUUCCCAAUAUCGAGAUAUUGAAGACACCAUUAGAGCUCCUGGAAUCGAGCCUGAUCCUACAAUUAAGUGGUAUAUUGAACACCAUUUUGGUUAUAAUCCAGAUUUCAUGGGACCAGUAGCUGGAGUAUUAAUUGCUUUCACCAUCUUCUUUGCUUGUAUGUUUGCCUUCUGUAUAAGGUUUCUCAACUUCCAGACCAGGUAGAAAGAUCAUUGAGACUUUGUAGAUGUUAAAUUUAAACUUGUAUGUCUAUAAAGAAGCCAUCAGGAAUACAUCAUUUGGAUUUGUGGCUAUAGUAUAAAGCUUAGCUUUGAGAAGCUUUGUGUAUUUUCACACGAUAAAAAAUCAUAUGAACCUGAAAAAUGUAUAAUUCCGUUCAAAUAUAUGUGCCAAUACGUAUCAAUCAAGAUUUUUGUGCAA